UAGGACUGCCUUCACAAUUUAAUUUCUGUUGCUUUUAAUUGACAAUUAAUUAUUAUGAUUAAAAAUAAUAAUCCAAAUAAACUAAUUAAUAUAUAUAUAAUACCAAUCUAGCAAUUUUAACCAUUCACAUUUUUUAAUCGUCUUCCAUAUUUUAAUGAAAAAAUAAAAAUAGUGAAAUCAAAGCAAAUGCUUCUAAAGUGGCUUCUUACACAUGUGUUUAACAGCUGGUCCCUGAUUUGACAGCAGCUAUAUUUCACUAGAAAACAUUUUACCAGGAGAAACUAUAGUUUCAUAAAGAUAUUCUAUCUAUCUUUAAUAAAAUAUUUAUAUUAAACAUUUGAUCAGAAUUAGAAACUUAAAUUUUUGGUUAUGUGCCGGUAACAUUUUGUAGGAAUAAACGUCUUUAAAAAAUGUUAAGAGUUAAAAGCCUUGUUUAUUUACAUACGAGAUUGAAAAGCCAGCGAUGGGCAUUUAAAGGCAAGAAAACCCAUACUCAGCGAGCUCUAGAAAGUUUCGAUGAUUUCUAUGGAUCAGUUUUUGGUAUUCGUUGGAAAAACAUUCGAGCAGCAUUAUUAACAGAGCAUAAAUAUAUAGCGGUAGUAAAUAACUUCGGAGAUCCUGAUAAAACUUGCAAUGGAAUGGAAUUAAGUGGUGCUUUAAAUAUAAAAUCAUUAACAAAAUUAGUUGGAGAUCGACUUGGUCACAAUAAUAAACUGUCGAAAAAUGGAGCAAGUAAUACGCUAGAUGAAAAUUUACUUAAAAUACUAUCUAGGCAAGAAGAACGAGAAAAAUAUUCGUUAUAUCCUAUGGGUUCUCAAACGGAAAUGCCCGAUCAGCUACAAUUCAAAACAGAAAGCUGUGUUGAAUUACAAAGCAGUUCUGAGAGUGAAAAUAACCCGAAAUAUAUUGAGAGUCUUGAAGAUGCAUUUGAAAGGGAUGCUCAAUUAGCAAACAGCCGAUUGAUAGAUCCACAAUAUGGGACAGGGGGCUUGUAUGAGUUUAUACCGGCAAACAAAAUAAAAGGGAUGGAGGAUUGGAUACCUGAAUCAGACCAUUAUAAAUACUAUUCCACAUAUACUGAUUUUCCUCUAAAAUUUGAGUUGGAAACAGAGUUUUGUUUCCCAGAGAAUCUUAAAUUAUACACUUAUGAGGUUGGGAAUUGUUCUGAAUUUAGUGCACCAAAAAAAUGUGUAACAGGUGUGCUCUCACAUUACCUAUUAGAUGGUGCAUCAGUGUUGCCGCCAUUAUUCUUAGAUAUAAAAGAAGGUGAGCGUGUUUUAGAUGCUUGUGCUGCUCCAGGUGGAAAAUCACUUAUAAUGCUCCAAACAUUGUUCCCAGACGUAUUGAUAUGUAAUGAUAUUCAAGAGUCGCGUCUCAAUCGAAUUCGUAAAGUAAUGCAAGAGUACAUAUUUGACUAUAAAGAAAAAUGGGAAAAUAAACGAAUAGUUCUCAACCAAUGCGAUGCUAAAUAUAUGGAUAAUUAUGAGAGCUUUGAUAAGAUUUUAGUAGAUGUACCAUGUACCACGGACCGCCAUUCCUUGACCGUAAAUGAUAAUAAUAUUUUCAAAUCGACUCGUAUUAAAGAACGACUACGGAUUCCAGAGCUGCAAGCUGAUAUCCUACUGAAUUGUUUACGACUGUUAAAACCAGGGGGCAGUCUAAUUUAUUCAACAUGUUCGCUUUCACCGGUUCAAAACGAUGGCGUUGUACAUAUGGCCCUACAGAAAGCCUUCAACGAACAUGGUAUAACCACUACAGUUAAAGAUCUAAGUUACAUAAUUAGAUUAUUCGAAGACAUAUUUAGAUUCGAAUAUCCUAAAGUUCUAAAAUACGGACAAAUGGUGCUUCCUUAUUUACCAGCCAACUAUGGUCCAAUGUAUUUUUGUAAAUUAACAAAAAAUAUGUAGUUUUACAAAAAUAAAGUAUAUUUUUUUUUUGCAUAAGUAAGUCAAAUAGCAAGACAAUUUAUAAUCAGA